AAUACACAUGAAGCGCAUGCCUGAAAGCUUGGUAUUAAAAAUAUAGUUUAGACGAUUUAAAUCAACAUUUUACUACCCUGCCGCCAAUCGAAAUACGCAACACAACAUGGCCCGAGGUUCUUGUCCAUGCCGUUUUGUAAAGUACGAGUUCAAAAGAAGCACUUGAAUGCAUCACGGGAGGCGCGUCUCAGCGCACAGCUGAGGUGCGAAGAGAACAGCACGAGCUGAUGAAGUCGACCGCACAGCCUCAAAAAUGUGGACGGAGGUGAAAAACAAGAGCCAGACUGUCAUCAGCAACGGAAACAGCGCGAAGAUGGUUCACCCAGACCUUCUUCCAAGGCAGCUUUUACAGACAGUGCAACAGAGAAAUGGUUCAACUACAACUGCCACUCCUUCUCGCACAGAGGACUCUUCAACCAGAAGCAGUGGAAUCAUCCCUGGUGCAAUUGCAGCCACAGUGUUCAUUGCCUUUUUACUCGCUCUCUACGCUGUCCUGUGGAAGUGCAUGGUGUCACCACCACAACGAAAGCACAGCAAGGUGAGGGUAAGACUACAACAGAGGACUUCUGUGUGAAGACUGGCCUCUGUUCAGCAGGUUAUUUUGGAUCUUAAUGGUACGGACUUAAAUCUGAGAGCAGACUUUGGUGCUAUUCUCUGACUGGGAGCAGAGUGACAAUAUGCUACUGAAGAAGAUCCUCCUAAUAGAUCCAAAGGUCAAACCACAAAAAAACUGAGUGGAUGUGUCACCUGUUUCCCUCAGCUUUACUGUCUGCUGGUGGCUCCCGUUGACUCAAAGCUCCAUGUUGAUAUGAAACACUUUUUUGGCAGGUCACGUUGUGCUGCUCUUUGUCUGGGUUUUUUGGGUGAACUCCGUACUACUGAGGGACGAGGCGGCUCAGGGCUCGUCCCAGUGACCAAUAAGCUGUGUGUGAGAGAGAUUUUGGUAUAUUUAGUAUAUGUAGAUUUUUGUUUUUUGCAUGCUUUGUACCUGCACUAAAUGGACAGUUGCAUUUUAAACAUGUCGUCUCUUCUGGCAUAGUGUUUCUUUAUAAUUUCAAAAGUACAUAAACAUCAGUAGGCAUCAGUAGGUUCCAUUUACAUCCACUUUAAUCUGUCCUCUGUUGUCUCCUCUCUAAAAUCCAUAUGGUUUAUUCACUUUACUCAGGAUGUUGUAACUACUGAAUGACCUUGGACUCUAUAAUAAAGUGUGACAUGUGUUUUUUACAUUUAGUGGAAUGUGAAUAUAAAUAAAUGCUAAGAUCAGUGACUGAGUCACAAUUUGGUGGAACCUUAAAUGAGA